CAUUCAGACGAACCUUUUGCCAUAACAACGCCUCUAUGACUUGGCACAUGAAUUCGGACGAUGCUAUGAAAUAGUUAAUUUUGCAUUCAUCCACUCUCCUUAUGAUGAAACGAUAAUGGUUGCCUAAACUCAGAUAUACCAGCUAGUCUAAAGAAGACUGGAUCACGAUUUAAUGUGACGGAAUUUAUUUAACUGUUUGUCGUGGUACAUGGUUUGGGCUAGGCCAAGUCGUCACGGUUUCGUUUUGCAUCUUGCAAUUUUCAUUACCCUCCUUUAGCAUUGAUAUGCAGGACAGAAGUAAGCAGAUGCUUUUGGAUCCAGUUACAGCUUUCCGACAUGGUGAAAAGGAUAUGUACCGGAAUAGACGAAGCUUUCGAUUGUUUCUGUCAAGAAAGUCUUGUUUCUUUGUUUUUCUAUCAUUUUGUCUAUUGACAGUUGUCUACUUGGUACUGGUCAGACCUGGUUCAAAUUUAAGCACUUUCAGCGUAUUCAGAGUAACUCAAAAUGUAUACGUAGGAAGAGAAGAUAAUAUAUCUAAACAGGAACAUGACAUCAGUAAAGAGGAUUAUUACAGCGUGGUGUUUGAUGCUGGCAGUACUGGCACAAGAAUUCAUAUCUUCCAUUUCAAGAAAUCUAAGGAUGGCAAUCUGCAACUGAUUAAAGAUAUUUUCAAAAAAGUAAAGCCAGGUCUUUCUUCUUAUGCUGAUGAUCCAGAUAAGGCUGUCCAAAGUGUAAAAAACCUUCUUGGAAUGGCAAAAGAUUACAUUCCAAAGCAGAAAUGGUACAAAACUCCACUUGUGCUGAAAGCAACGGCUGGCUUAAGACUGCUUCCUGGCAAUAAAGCAGAAAAUAUAUUGGAAGGGGUUAAAAAGUUGUUUAUGGGAAAUUUAUUUCAAAAGUUAGGCGAUGAUUUUGUCUCAUUGAUGGAUGGAGACAGUGAAGGAAUUUAUGGCUGGUUAACAGUUAAUUAUCUAAGUGAGAAACUUAAACCAUUGGAAGUGAAUAAGAUGUAUGGUGCUUUGGAUCUUGGAGGUGGAUCUGUACAAAUCACCUUACCUAUGGAUGACAAGCAAAUAGAAGAAAAUCAAGUUCCUUCAAACUAUAUCAAGUCAAUAGAUGUUUCACUGAAUUCAUACACUUUAUAUACUCACAGUUAUCUUGGACUUGGAUUGAUGUCUGCUCGAGCUGCAAUUCUAAAUGCAUCAGCUACUCAUCAAGAAGACUCAAAGAAAGUGAUUUCAGUGUCCAGUCCCUGUUUUCCAGUUGGCUAUAAGGAUGUUUGGAAAUUUGCAGGAUAUGAUUUUGAAAUUAAGGGAACAGACCAGUGCAGUUUUGAAAACUGCCAAGACUUUGCAAAGAGUGUUGUUAUGGCCAAAGGGAUCAAUCGUGCUGCCAAAGUCAACAAUGUCAACAUUUUCGCAUUUUCCUACUUUUUCGACAGAGCAACUGAUCUCAGUUUGAUAGAUGAAAAUUCUGGUGGCGAGAUAAUGGUUCAAAACUAUGUUGACGCUGCUCAAACAGUUUGUCAAAGAGGCAGCGUGACUGAGAAGCCCUUUUUAUGCUUGGAUACGACGUACAUCAGCACUUUGUUGACCGACGGCUUUGGCCUUGGCCUUCAUCACCGCCUAAUGCUGAAGAGAAAUAUAAAUGAUUUUGAUGUCAGUUGGGCGGUUGGUGCUGCCUUGGAUCUUUACGAACAAGCAAGGAAAAUGUCGCAUAAUUGAUUUCUCGAACAAUCUUAUUGAUGCUCAUUGUAUUUUGUUUUACCAAAGUUGUAACUUUGAUACUAACGUAGAUCGUUAAAUCAUAUUAGACCAAUUUUUGCCAAAA